UUUUUUUUCGGAAAAAAGGGAAAGAAAUAGAAACUAUCAUUUCUCUAUAAAUACAAAGAGCAGCCAUGAAGUCUCUUGAGUUGUUGUUAGAGCCUCUCCUGCUGCCUUCUCCGUUCAACGUUUAGAUUUUGGUGGAAAAGAACAAGACCAAACAGGUUGAGAAAUGGCACGCAAGAAGAUCAGAGAGUACGACUCCAAGAGGUUGUUGAAGGAGCACUUCAAGAGGCUCUCCGGCAGAGACUUACCGAUUAAAUCGGCACAGGUCACCCAAUCAACCGAUUUUAAUGAACUAGCACAGAAUGAACCUUGGCUUUUAUCGACAAAACUUGUGGUGAAACCAGAUAUGUUGUUCGGAAAGCGUGGAAAGAGCGGUUUGGUUGCCUUGAAUCUUGAUUUGGCUCAAGUUUCUGCUUUUGUCAAGGAGCGCCUUGGCAAAGAGGUAGAGAUGGGUGGAUGCAGAGGACCUAUUACGACAUUCAUCGUUGAACCUUUCAUCCCGCACAACGAAGAGUUUUACCUUAACAUCGUCUCAGAACGUCUAGGGAACAGCAUUAGCUUUUCAGAAUGUGGAGGAAUCGAAAUCGAAGAGAACUGGGAUAAGGUUAAGACUAUAUUUGUCCCAACAGGAGUAUCUCUUACCUCAGAAUUAUGUGCUCCACUUGUGGCAACCCUUCCUUUGGAGAUCAAAGUGGAGAUUGAGGACUUUAUCAAAAGCGUUUUUGCUCUAUUUCAGGACCUGGACUUCACUUUCCUAGAGAUGAAUCCAUUCGCAUUGGUCAACGGAAAGCCUUAUCCUUUAGAUAUGAGAGGCGAGUUGGAUGAUACGGCUACUUUCAAGAACUUCAAGAAGUGGGGAAAUAUUGAAUUUCCAUUGCCAUUUGGAAGAGUUAUGAGUCCUACAGAGACCUUUAUUCAUGGACUGGAUGAAAAGACAAGUGCGUCAUUGAAAUUCACGGUUUUGAACCCAAAAGGACGAAUUUGGACUAUGGUAGCUGGAGGAGGUGCUAGUGUCAUCUAUGCAGAUACGGUUGGAGAUCUUGGCUAUGCUUCUGAGCUUGGAAACUAUGCAGAAUAUAGUGGAGCUCCCAAGGAAGAGGAAGUGUUACAGUAUGCCAGAGUUGUAAUUGAUUGUGCAACUGCUGAUCCUGAUGGCCAUAAGAGAGCCCUUGUAGUUGGAGGAGGAAUAGCUAACUUCACCGAUGUUGCAGCUACGUUUAAUGGUAUAAUCCGUGCUUUGAAGGAGAAGGAGUCUAAACUUAAAGCAGCAAGGAUGCAGAUAUAUGUGAGGAGAGGAGGUCCUAACUACCAGAGUGGCCUUGCAAAAAUGCGGGCACUUGGACAGGAAAUCGGAAUCCCAAUCGAGGUUUAUGGCCCCGAAGCAACAAUGACCGGAAUAUGCAAACAGGCGAUUGAGUGUAUCACUGCAGCUGCAUAAAUAAUUCUUGAAGAUUUUAUCUCUGUUGUGUUUUUCAUUUUUGUGGCAAGUUUCAGGUGUCUUGUUAAAUCUUCCAUCUUCGGUAUACCAGAAACCUUGGGGAAAUGUAAUUUCUUAUAUUAAUGUGCCAAAAAUAAUGGUGUCUGAGAAUUAUAGAUGUAAUCUGUGUAAUGGGAUUGUCAUCCCAUAAUAAAGAGCUUAGACUGAUCCACCUAA